GGUUUAAGCCCAGAUUAUUAUUUGCAAGCCCAGUUGAGGCCCAAAUUGGAACUAUAAAUUUUUCAUAAACCCUAACCGCCAUUUUUCUUCCUUCAGCUCUCAGUGUAGCGGCACUUUUUCACCUUCAAAUUUCUGGUGCACCAAGUGGUGAAAAAUGCAGAUCUUUGUGAAGACCCUGACGGGCAAGACUAUUACCUUAGAGGUAGAGUCAUCAGACACCAUUGACAAUGUUAAGGCUAAGAUUCAAGACAAGGAAGGCAUUCCACCAGACCAGCAGCGAUUGAUUUUCGCCGGUAAGCAGCUCGAGGAUGGCCGAACGCUAGCUGACUACAACAUCCAGAAGGAGUCCACCCUCCACCUUGUCCUCCGUCUCCGUGGUGGUGCCAAGAAGCGUAAGAAGAAGACUUACACCAAGCCUAAGAAGAUCAAGCACAAGAAGAAGAAGGUUAAGCUCGCUGUCCUCCAGUUUUACAAGGUUGAUGAUUCUGGCAAGGUUCAGAGGCUCCGCAAGGAGUGCCCCAACGCUGAGUGUGGCGCUGGAACCUUCAUGGCUAACCAUUUUGACAGGCACUAUUGUGGUAAAUGUGGGCUUACCUAUGUUUACCAGAAGGCUGGUGGUGAUUAGAUAAGUGCUAGUUUGGCUAUUACUUUAUCUUAGAUUUUGCCCACAUUUGUGUCCCUAUACUCUCCUUUCAAUGUCUUGUUUGUGACAAGAUGGGAUUAUGUUUGCAGCUUAUAAAAAGCCAUGGAUUUUGUCAGCUAAAAUAUUUUUCACCUCUU